CACCGCCAUAACUGAACAGUACUUCUAGUCCUUUUAUGGUAAGAGAAACUUAUUCUUUUAGGAUUUUAAAGCAAUUUAGUCCUAUAUAAGUGGACUCUCGGCUCUGCCUGAUGUAUUAUGAUUCUCUUGACAUCCUAGCUACCUACUUUUCUGUUCUUCCUCUUUUAUGUUUUGUUCCUUGAUUCGUCUUGCAUCCCCUUAAACUCCAUUCAAUUAUUCAGUUGAUUCAGUCCAGUUUUUUUUUAAAAUCUGCUUCAACGAUGGCUGCCAAAGACGCAAAGAGACGACGUGAAAAUCAGGUGGAGAGUAGUUCAGAUUGGGCUACAGGACUUCCAGAGGGUAUCCUUGACAUGAUUGUGGAAAGGCUUCAUGUUAAAGAUUGGUUAUGUUUCAGUAAAGUAUGUAAGCCAUGGAAGAGUGUUGUAGUAUCAUUAUCCGAUACUCCUCGUAAUCCAGUACUGCACGGGUGCCCGUGGCUUGUGGCUAAAUCUACAAGAGAUCAGAAAAGAUUAAUAUUUUGCAGUGUAACGGAGCGGAAGCUUUGGUGUAGGGAUUUAGAUCUUGAUCUUUAUGGGUUCCUUUAUGGCUCAUUUGAGGAUUGGUUGAUAACAAGUCUGGAGGCAUAAACAAGAACCAGAGUCUAUUGAGGAUGCUGUUUUUUGGGGUGGAAAAUACUUGUGCAUUUUAACAGAGCAAUGCAAUGUCUUUCUUAUUGAUCUUCUGGAUGCUUUAUCGAGAAUCGAAGGAGGAGGAAGAUAUGCAUCAGUAUUCGAGAAUGAAUUUUAUCAAAUCGAAAUGUCCGAGUCCGAUGCUCUGGAGAAACAUAGUCGUGUUUUUAAGUACUUAGUAGAGCAUUCAGGUGAGAUAUUACUUGUGCUUAGAUUUUUCCAUGAUAACAUGACUGGUGUUGAUGCUAGAACACGUACCUUUAAGGUUUAUCGGUUGGACUUGGAUGAGAUGAGAUGGGUUAGGUUGUUUGAUUUGGGAGAUCAUAUUUUGUUUCUGGGUAAGAAUUCCUCGACAUUGUUUCGUACUAGAGAAUUGGGAAUUGAGGAGGGCGAUUGCAUAUAUUUUAUUGAUGAUUAUAAACAAAUCCCGAGCAUGGAUCAGUGGGAAGUUGAUAUUAUUGGGUAUCCAAAAGAAGAGUCUGGUUUUGAUGAGUGGGGAAGUUUUAGCUUGAAGGAUGAUAAGUUUGGCAACUUCUGUUAUCCUUGGAGAGAAGGUAAAGUAGAACCAGUGUGGAUCACUGCCCCUUCAUGGUUGUAUAUGGGUGAACAUUGGCCUGAUUCUCAUCAGAUAGAAGAAGAAGAAAACAACUUAUGAUUUUCUUAUGUGCUUGUAUCUUAGGUCUAAUAGCACCCAGCUGCUAUUAUAUUUAUGUGAGUAUUUUGAUAUUAUUCAUUAGAAUUAUUUGCUCAAAAGGAAAAGAAAAUAAUAUACAAAAUGUAUUUGUUUGGUA